GUGCCGUCUGAACUCUCCCAAAGGCACACCUUUUCUUCGCUCAGGCAUGCCUUCACAGGUGCUUGCCAAGGACAACACUCUGUUGCACAACGUUCAACCCUCAGAGUCCAGACCAUCUCGCAGAAUAGGCCAAGUUCGCGAACAACACUCGACACCGGUGUGCAGGAUAUAAAGCGGAUAACAACACAUCUCAGGCUCCGCAAACGCGCGCCAUCGUCAUAACAAAAUGUCGCCCACCACGCAUCCCCGCAGCAUCGGCCUAUACGAAUCCACCUCCCUCUCUAAACGCAACGGCGAGACCUUCUUCCUCGUCUGGAGCGGGGUAUGGAUUGCCCUGCUGGCUUUCAUUGUGCUCUCCGAAGCCUAUGAAUCGUUCACGCCGUGGUCUUACAUGCAUGUUGGGAUGUUUGUCGCGAUCCCGCCGUGCGUGCUGCCGUUGAUGUUUCCGGGGUGGUGCGAUGACCCGGCGUUGCCAUGGAGGAGGAGGUAUACGACCAAGGCCAAUGUUUGGAUCGGCGUUUACUCAUUUGUGGGCAACUAUCUAUGGACACACUACUUCUACCACAUCCUCCACGUCAAAUACACAUUCGACGCGCACCGGCUGAACGACGUGCCCUUCGCGCUGUAUCUGAUCACGCACGGGUAUUUUCACUUCUACCACGUCAUCUCCAGCAGGCUUUUGCGAAUCGUCAGCCGAACUGGACCCGCAACGACGACGCUUCUGCGCCAGUCGUGCGUGGUACUGGCGUUAUCGUAUGCGACGGCGUUUAUGGAAGCUUUCACCAUCCAGGGAUUCCCUUACUACGCGUAUCCCGAUCAGCGAGCGAUGUUCACCGUCGGCAGCUUGUUCUACGCGUUGUAUUUCUGCGUGUCAUUCCCAAUGUUCUAUCGGUUGGAUGAGAGGGUAUGCCAGAUGUGGACGAUGCGGCGGACGUUGACGGAUGUAUUGGCGGCGUGUAUGGGUGUUACAUUGCUUUUGGAUGCUUGGCGUAUUGUUGUGGGACCUAUUGCUGUUGUGGGGGUCGUUGAUGGCGCAGGUUCGCCAGGUCCCCUCCCGUGGAUGGCGACGACGUCGGCCAAAUGAGAUGAAAAGUCAACGUGUCUGCAUUUGAUUCCAGAUCUCGAUUGAAAUGAUCGGUGAGACUGUGAAACCUAGUCUUUGGGGGCGAGAGCAACCUUCGAUGCAAAUGCCCUCCCUGGUCACUAUCGUAAGGUCGUGGCGAAGAGUGCCUAGGGUGUGCCUAGGGUGUGCCUAGGCAAGCGCGACACUGAUAAGUUCCUCCAUGUGCGAGUCCAACUCCGGCACCACGUCAGAUAGCGCUGCCACUGGGGCAUCAAAGGCCUCCAUCACUGCCUGGAGUGCAUACGGUAUUACAUCUGUGGUGGUUACAUCUAGAUUGUGAGAGAAGCGAGUAACAAUGAGAUACGUGAAACCAUCAACUGGUACCUUUACAA